UAUCCACCUCAACGACUUCCGCCCUACGUAUGCCCCAAAGGCAACGACACUGCACGGACGUUCGGUUUUGAUAAAAAGUUAGCAAUAAAAUCACAACGAGUACCAAAUGUGGCAUGGAAGUCAGACGCAAAAAUUUUGGUGUUUGUCGAAACGGUAUAUUCGAAAUUGGGCAAACAGAUUUUGAGUGUGCUGGAUGCGUUGAAAGUUACGUAUAAAGUUGAAACGCUCAGUAAAAAUUUACCCCUUUUAACAACGGCGAAACGUGGUCGUUUUUCGAUGAUAGUCAUUGAGAACUAUUACAAGUAUUUGAAUUUGCCCGCAUGGAAUCGUCAGCUUCUCGACAAAUAUUGCCUGGAUUACGGAGUUGGCAUUAUUUCGUUCAUUAGCAGUCGCACGUCGGUGAGCUACGUUCAAGCGAAAAUCAAAGAUUCCCCACUGCAAUUCCGUCAGAAACAGCACGCCGCCAAUUUGAGAUUCUCACCCGACUCAUCUGUCAAUUUUCUGGCAAAGCCUGGAGCCAUUUUGGAAACACCACAACCAGACUUGGAUGACUGGAUUUUGUUUAAUGUUUCUGAAGGUUUCGAUAGUAUCAUAUCAGCGGAUGAUGAGCUGGGUUUUGAGCGAGCUGCAGUAAUACACGAUCGGGGGUAUUUUGAUGGAAUAGAACGAAUUCUUUUCGGUCAUAAUUUCACGCAUUGGAUCAAUAAAAUCUCAUUUGUUGACUCGCUCAGAUAUAUGAGUGGUGGUUCGUUGCAAUUGGAUUUGAAACGUUAUAUUGAAAUCGAUGUUGACGAUAUAUUCGUUGGUCAGUCAGGCAGUCGUAUGACGGCUGCAGACGCCGACGCAUUACUAGAGUCACAGAAUCGUUUGAGACAUUCAGUUGAGAAUUUUACAUACUGCCUUGGUUUUUCGGGUUCAUUCUUUCGUAAUGGUGACUCGCUGGAAGUGAAAGGUGAUGAGCGUCUGAUUGAAGUGGGUCAAAAUUUCAUUUGGUUUCCUCAUAUGUGGCGACAUAAUCACGUUCAUGAACUGAACAUAACACAAAUAAAGGCGUUGAUGACGCUGAAUAAAAUGUUCGCACAGUCGUGGAAAAUCCCAGUAACAUCUCAGUAUGCCAUAUCGCCUCAACAUGCUGGAGUUUACCCGGUGCAUGAGGACUUGUUCGAUGCGUGGCGUGAAAUAUGGAAUAUCAGUGUCACCUCAACCGAGGAAUAUCCACACUUCAGACCGUCUUCGUCACGACGUGGUUUCAUCUACAAAAAUAUUUCGGUUCUCCCCCGACAAACUUGUGGUCUGUAUACGCACACACAUUUUUUUCAUUCGUAUCCUGAUGGCUUAAGUACGUUGAUCAAUAAUAUCGAAGGCGGUGAUCUCUUCUUGACGAUUCUGUUGAACCCGUUUUCAAUAUUUAUGACACACCAGCAGAACUUCGCGAAUGAUCGAUUGGGUAUAUUCACAUUUGAGCGUGUCAUCGAAUUUAUCAAAUGCUGGACGAAUUUACGUUUGUACUGGAUGGAACCAGUGAGGAUUGCUGAAGCAUACUUUCGUCGAUUUCCAAACGAACGUACGCCUGUGUGGAGUAAUCCUUGUGCAGACGCUCGACAUGAGAAAAUUCUACCAAAAGCUUUCGAUUGUUCUGCGCCAAUGCCUCUGCCAAAUCUACUCAUUGUUGGUCCACAGAAAACUGGCUCAACAGCGCUAUCCACUUAUUUAUCUCUGCAUCCGAACUGCACCACAAAUGAUCCAGUUCCAUCAUCAUUUGAAGAACUGCAAUUCUUUGGCGGCUCAAAUUAUGCGAGAGGAAUUCUUUGGUAUAUGGAUAAGUUCGCACGUAAGGUCAAACCGGAACAACAUUCGGUAGUUUUCGAGAAGAGUGCCACGUAUUUUGAUAACUCUGAAGCACCACGUGCCGCCUCAACACUUCUGCCGAAAGCGAACGUUAUUUUGCUCGUUGUUAUGGGUAUUGAUAGUGGUGGUUUAGGUACAAACAGGUGUCUAGGCCCAAGUAAAGGUCGUCAGUAUGAGCCAAUCGACGAGAGGACACGAACGCGUUUGAACGAAUUAUUUCUCGAGGAUAACAUCGCCCUUCAUAAACUCCUUAUUCGAAAUGAUUUACCAAUCCCGGAAUGGCUGCGUUCUCAACUGUCAAAGCCACGCACUAACGAUCACGAUUAUCCGUAG